AUAUCAACUGUCAGCAACCAUGUCUACCAGUGACGCUUUCAUCCAGACCCAGCAGCUGCACGCUGCCAUGGCAGACACGUUUUUGGAACACAUGUGCCGACUGGACAUUGAUUCCCCACCAGUCACGGCAAGAAAUACUGGCAUUAUUUGCACCAUCGGUCCGGCUUCUCGGUCAGUAGAAAUGCUGAAAGAAAUGAUUAAAUCUGGAAUGAACGUGGCCCGUCUCAACUUCUCUCACGGAACUCAUGAGUAUCAUGCAGGAACAAUCAAGAAUGUACGAGAAGCUACCGAAAGCUUUGCUUCUGAUCUGAUUUCCUACAGACCUGUCGCUGUUGCCCUGGAUACUAAGGGGCCCGAGAUUCGAACUGGGCUCAUCAAGGGGAGUGGUACAGCAGAAGUGGAGCUUAAGAAGGGUGCAACUCUGAAAUUGACUCUCGACAACGCUUUUAUGGAGAAGUGCGAUGAGAAUGUAUUGUGGGUGGACUACAAAAAUAUCACCAAGGUUGUGGAACUCGGCAGCAAAAUCUACGUGGACGAUGGGCUUAUUUCCCUUAAAGUGAAAGAGAAAGGUGCUGACUUUAUCAUAACCGAAAUUGAGAAUGGAGGAACGUUGGGCAGCAAAAAAGGGGUCAACUUACCUGGGGCUGCUGUAGACCUGCCUGCUGUUUCCGAGAAGGACAUCCAGGACCUCAAGUUUGGUGUCGAGCAGGACGUGGACAUGGUGUUCGCCUCCUUCAUCCGUAAAGCGGCCGACGUUCACGCUGUCAGGAAGGUGCUUGGAGAAAAGGGGAAGAACAUCAAGAUCAUCAGCAAGAUCGAAAACCACGAGGGGGUUCGCAGAUUUGAUGAAAUUAUGGAAGCCAGUGACGGCAUCAUGGUAGCCCGGGGCGAUCUUGGUAUUGAGAUUCCAGCCGAAAAAGUCUUCCUUGCCCAGAAAAUGAUGAUUGGCCGAUGCAACCGAGCCGGCAAGCCUAUUAUCUGUGCUACUCAGAUGUUGGAGAGCAUGAUCAAGAAGCCCCGCCCAACACGUGCGGAAGGAAGCGACGUAGCCAAUGCUGUCCUGGAUGGAGCCGACUGUAUCAUGCUGUCCGGAGAAACUGCCAAAGGAGACUAUCCCCUGGAGGCUGUCCAGAUGCAGCACCUUAUAGCUCGCGAGGCCGAGGCCGCAGUCUUUCACCGUCAGCUGUUUGAAGAACUUUACCGUCACACUGCUGGCAACCACAACCCUUCCGAAGCCAUGGCUGUAGGCGCUGUGCAGGCCUCUUUUAAGUGCCUAGCUCCAGCUCUGAUAGUUUUGACAGACACCGGCAGAUCUGCCCACCUAGUGUCCAGAUACCGACCACGGGCCCCCAUUAUUGCUGUGACACGUAACGCUCAGGCCGCCCGCCAGGCCCACCUUUACCGUGGCAUUUUCCCAGUUAUGUGCAAGGAGGCAACCCUGGAUGCCUGGGCUGAGGACGUUGAUCUCCGCGUCAAUUUGGGAAUGAAUGUUGGCAAAGCUCGUGGAUUCUUCAAGUCAGGGGAUCUGGUCAUCGUGCUGACUGGCUGGCGCCCUGGAUCCGGUUACACCAACACCAUGCGUGUAGUGCCUGUCCCGUAAAACGGAUCUCGGCAACAACCACCCCCUCCUCUCCUCGUCUCGCCACCUGUCCCUCUCUCGCAUUAGACCAGCAGCUGCUUGCAAUCUUGUUCUUGUCUGUAGAACGGAUAGUGACUGCCCUAAGCCAUCAAGCGCAGUAAUGGGGGCGGGGGAGGGAAAAAAGAGACUUCAGUUAUUUAGUAAUACUUGAAAUAGUUUGGUAAGUGGAACCUCUCCCCGUUUCUUCUUUGCCCUGGGCUAUCCGGCCUUAUUUGUUAGGAACCAGUAUGAUCCAGCAGCCGGGGAUCGCCCAGUUUCUCCUCUAGAGCUAUCUGCUCCGCAGAGAAACUAGGAAUAUCUUGGCUUAUUUAGUACAGCAUUUUAGGCGAGGCUUGGUGUCAUACGUGUCCUGAAUCCUACCUCCCCAGCCUCUCUCCUUUCUGUAAGUCUUGUGUGUUGUCAUCACUCUGCCAAAAACACUCCACUCGCCAGCUCUGCUACACCUUAGCUUGCUCAGUCUUGCAGGGCCUCUCCAGUUCUUGCUGCGUGAUACACAAAAGAGUGCUUGUUCCAUCGUAAGCCAUGAUGUGCAUCACUUGACCAGACCGACACACACUCCAGUAGGGGUUGACCCGAACUGCCUCUAAUGCCCCAAGGAAGUUUUAGAGAGCAAAUCUUAAGUUUCCUGUUCCUCCUUGCCAGUAGACCUGAGGGAUAUCAGAUUAUAUAUAUAUUUUUCACAGUGGGUUGGUUCAGGAAUAGAUAGCUCAGGUUUUGACAGCAUAGGAAGAUUUGGAGGAAGAAAAAAAAACAUUUUUUUUCUCACGAAACUUAACACAGGUGAGCCAGGCCACCGAAAUUAUUCCCAUCCCUGCACUCCACCCAAUCAAAGCUACCCAGGGUUGCUUGUGCUGCUGUUGUUGAGUUGUCUUGUGUUCAAGUUGAGCCAUACCUCCUGACAGUGCACUCUGUAACUCUAUAUACAUUACCUGCUGUUAAAAGAGAUGUAUCGGAUCCUCAGAAGCCACUUGUACAUCAAUAAAGCAGAGUUCAACCCAU